AUGUUUACACUGUCAAAACUAGCUAAUUUAGGUCUGUCUUUGGUUUUUUUGCAGUAAUUCGGGUAUUUCAAUAUUGUUUCACAACAUUCAAAAUGACAGGUCCCGACGGGAAAUUAUGAUUCUUGGCGUUGUGUUAAUUAAAUUUCUACAAAAUUUUGUUCUGCAGCCAAAUUAAAUCGUAGCACAAACGCUUCAUUGACAUUUGGGACAGUGUUCUGUUUAUGUUACGGGCUUGGGUUCGAAUUUCUCUCAAAUUAUGUUGUUUUAGGUAUAGCUGGUCUGUUGAGGCAAAAUGAUUGAUUUAAAGUUGUUUCACGUGUUAUACCAUUAGCUUUUACAUUCAUUAGGUACAGUAUUUUGUCUGAAACAACAUUAUUACGGUUAUCAGCAGCAAUCGGGCACGUGCGCGCUGUGAGACGUGUUAUAACCAGACGAGUAAUAACAAUUUCUGAUGAAUUGAUUUUUCGGUCAUUUCGCCAUUUCGCGCGAGACCCGGGUAACCGGACGCUUUCUCCCCCUUCCAUCGUUUACAGUCGCAAAAUUGGAUAUUCUGUUUUCCGGGAAUACGUUAGUAUUUGUAAUAUCAACUUAUGUAGACAUAUAUUUGGGUUGGGCAUGCAUAAUAUGUUAUUAUUGUAUAUUAUCAUUGAUUUUGGGUAGAUGAAGGAAGUUUUUUUGGGAUGAUAUGGUGAAAUAUGAUGUAAAUGACAUUUUACAAGGCAUAUGGAUGGUUUAUCUAGAACAGUUUGAUCUAAAAUCUAAAAAAAUAUUGUUAUUCAUGGUUGUUUAUGCUCUUAUCGAUCUUUCCUUUUUGAAACCUUUAAACCCCGACUCUCGAGCUUGUUUUGAAUUUCGAAAAUUUAUCAUCAACAUUAUGUUAGCUUGCCUCGUGUAAACAUCCACGUACUUUACUGAUCUUAUCUCGUUUUAGACGCGCGAUCACCAGACACUUCAGGCGACUUUGCAGUGACGUCGACCGAGAUCUCGACGUCCAAAGUCUGCCAACUACUAUCGUCACGACUUGCUCCUUCUUCACCAUCACACUGUUCCACUAAAGUUCAGCUGUACGUGAGGGCCCAGUGCGCCUCGAACAUCAGCGCCUACACCCCAAUUCAGCGCCACGACUCGACGAGCUUGUUGCCCCGAUUCGAGAUCAACAUGGACGGCAACUAUAGGUAAUUUUGAAAUAUUUUAAGUGGAAUAGGUUCUUAAAUUGAUUUUUUUUGAAAUUUAAUGGGUUUUUAAAGGUUUUUUGCGUCUAAAAACACGUUUUUUAUCAUUUUUGUUACCUAAAAAUUAUUUUGGAAAUUUUACUUUUUUUGGUAUUAUUUUACAUUGUUUAUGGAUUCUCUUAAUUCUCCAUGAUUUCCCAACCCCACCUAACCACAAUCCAAUUUCUAGAACAUCUGAAACCGAACUCAAACGUCGCUCGCGAGUGGAACGCUUCAUCGUCGGGGAUUCGGAUACGGAAAGUGAGUCGGGUCACGACGCCGGGCGUCGCGAACUCUCAUCGCCUGACCUUUCCGACGACGACGACCAUUCCGUAAUUGGAGGUGCACCAACCACGCUGGACUUCGAGCUGGAUGAAGAGCGAGAAUUAAUGGCACGGAAGCCGGUGGCCGCCUUCUUCAUCGAAGACGACGACGAUGAAGAGGAGCCGAAGCCGGCCAACGACGCCGAUGAACAACAUCAACUGGUGCCGUUGAGACCAUUGGGCAUUGGCCAGAACGCGGUGUUGAAGACCCAGAAGCGCCGCCGACGUCGAAAUCGAUUCUCCGGUAGGUGUUUUGGUCGAUUGUUUGGUUUUGUGGGUAUUUUUGGGUAACAAAUUAAUAAAAUGAGCUUGGCAUAGCAUAGAUUAGGCAAUAAAAGUAAAGUUUUGGCUAUUUUCUACUAGUUUUUUUUUACAAAUUUUUAAAAAUUUAGCUUUUUUUGAAAUUUCAAGUUUUCUCACAGUUAACGUGAAUAUAUGCAGCACAUUAUGACGUCGCAUUGUUCGCUUUGAUUGUCAAAAACAUGUCCAAAACCGCGGCUUUGUUCCCUUUCCUAUGGUACUUUUUAAAGAAGAUUCGAGUGUUUACAAUUGAGGAACGUUGGAGGAACGUUCUCUCUUUUUGAAACCUCCGUCUCCGCAAAACAUCUUAGCCCACCUUUUUCGAUGGUAAACAGGAUUACUGUAACAGGAUUUACGGUAACUUAAACUGAGGCAAUGUAACAAAAAAGGAAUUUCUUAAGUUUUUGGUUGAAUAUCAUGGUUAAUAUCAGUUAAAGUUGGUUUUUGUCUGAUAUUGAUUAUGCUAAGGAGAGCAAAAUUGAAAAGAUGGUAGAGAAUGUUAUUGUAGCUUCAAAAAUGGCAUAAAAAUUAGAAUACAGUACGAUACAGAUCGUAUUUUACUCUUUAUCUCCACUCAAUACCCUUAAUUACCCCAAAACCGAUUAAAACCUCGCAAUUCCGUUUGAUUUGCGUGAAAACACAGGCUAAUUAAUCAGUAAUUGUGAGCGUACAAAAAACAAGGCCAUAUCUGAUUCUUUUAUUACUCUCCAAUGUUUUUUAUUUUUUGUUUUGCUGUAAAUGCGAGGGAUUACGGUAACAUCAGGCUUCGAACGAGAGAGAAAAGUGCAGUUUUUUUUCUUGUUUUGGUCAGUAAUACGGCCUUUCUCGAGUCACACGACCCAUUCGUCUUUCACCCCCUGCCCACUCUCUUCAAACCCUACAAUGCUUAUGGAGGGCCCACUCUCCUCAUUGCCCGCCCUCUCUCGCCGAGGCCUUUGUCACAGAGAUCUUCAGUCUUCGCGGAGAAAGGAAAUUUGUUUGUCUGACAAAGUCUUGAAUCAAUGUCCUGUUUCUCAGAGUUUUUUGUUUAAACUUGGCUUUUGGUCCGGAGAGAGUGUGCGGAGUGAAGAGAGUGUACAGACUGAAGAGGGAGGCAAAGAGAUAAGGCAGAAUAAGAGAGAAGGAAUAGGAAGAAAGGCCAAUACAAAAGUCGCGUGAGCAAUAGAAAACGAAAUUUAAAUACAAAAAGCAACAAAAACACAGUCGUCGAUCGCUGUGGGAUACCAGCGGGUAUUCACACAAUAACAACAUCAACAUUUGAAUAUCGGAAGGUGCAAUUAAAUGGAAAAGCAAUAAAAAACACGAUAAAAUAGGGUUUUUGAACUUGUUUUAGGAUUGAGCAUUGAAAGGUUAACUUUAUGUUACCUAAAACUUAAAUUUUAUUGUUUGAGACAUUUUCAAAGGUAUUCAAUUACAAGCAUUAUAUUGAAGUUACUUACUUAAAAGCUAAAAUAUAAUCAAUAAUAUGGAAAAUCAAACAAAAAUUGAUUAAAAAUUAUAAUAAAAGACUAAUUUUAUACCUAAAAUUUAAAUUUUAUAGAUUUCUACCGCCUGGCCAAUGAUCAUCUUGGAUCCGGUGCGUAUGCAUCUGUGAGAACUGGGGUUUGUAUUGAAACUGGAAAAGAGUACGCUGUGAAGGUUGUGGACAAGCACGAACCAGGCCAUACCCGAUCGAGAAUCCUACGAGAAGUCGACAUCUUCAAGAUGUGUGCCAAUCACCCGAACAUUGUUCAAAUGGUCGAAGUAAUUUCAAUUUAAAGUGCCACUACAAGUUCAAAUAGUCUUAUGACGUUUUAAAAACAUUUUUGUCAGUUUACAGUAUGGUAAUGCCUCUGUUUCAGUGGUUCGAAGACGACGACUACUUCUACAUGAUCUUUGAAAAGAUGCGCGGCGGCCCGCUUCUGAAUCACAUCCAACGCAAGGUCUGCUUCACGGAACAAGAAGCCUCCAUGGUCACGCGUGACAUUGCCAACGCCCUGAAACACCUGCACGAGCGUGGCAUCGCUCACCGAGACGUGAAGCCAGAGAACAUCUUGUGCACGGACUUUGACCGAGUCAGUCCAGUCAAGUUGUGCGAUCUCGAUCUGGCUUCCAAACCUUCGAUUCACAAGCUCCGCAAACAGUCCCGCACCCUUCACAACGUCCAAUCCGAACCCGAUUUGGCUAGUCCAGUCGGUUCGGCCGAGUUCAUGGCUCCAGAAGUCGUGGACACCUUUGUUGGUGAUGCCCUCAAAUACGACAAACGCUGCGACAUGUGGAGUCUGGGUGUGAUCAUCUACAUCAUGCUUUGCGGCUACACUCCCUUCUACGGUGAAUGCGAACGCGACAACUGCGGUUGGGAUCAGGGCAGACCGUGCACGGACUGUCAGGAGAACCUCUUCCAUCGUAUUCAACAAGGCGAGUUCGACUUCCCCGAGGAGGACUGGGCCAACAUCUCCGACGAGGCCAAGGAUCUCAUCUCCCAUCUGUUGGUGAAGAACGUUCGUCAACGCUACACCGCCACCGACGUCCUCAGACACAAAUGGGUCUGUGGUGGAGCUCCAGAGACUCCGCUUCAAACCGCCACCAACCUGUUCCGCAACGAUUCGGCCAGAGAUGUGCAUCAGAUGAACGAGCACUUCAACGUCAUGAACAGACUCACGGCUGUCAGAUUGAGUGCUCGAUUGGAGGAGAACGGUCCUGACAUGGGAUCUUCUCCUGAAACUGAGUUGGUUCUGAGCGAGAAUGUAGAUGAACAAGAAGAGGAGGAACAGAAGUUUGAGGUAAGGGCAUAGAAAGGGUUUAAAAAUGAAAUUUGUGUUUUAAAUGUCAAGGUUUUUUGAUGUUUAGGUCGUAAAUUUUCAUGGCUUUUUAUGCUGAUAAUAAAUAUAACUUUCAGAACACUGAAAACGUGCCAGUCGAAGUUCUUCCACCUCCAGAACAAAAACCCAUCGAAAUGGUGGACGAAACGGUCAAUCACCCACCCGAACCGAACAAGCCCUUUCAGCAGGUCCAACCCGAACCCCAACCACCGGUCUACAAUGUCAACUACCCGGUCUACCCGCCCGCCAUGUUCUCCAACAACUACGGUAAUAACUACGGUCCUCCACCCCCGGUGAUCAACAUGAACGGCAUGUUGUUGUACGCGCCAUCCGCCCAAAUGCUGAUGCCACAGGACGGACAGGCCUACUUUAAUCAAUACUAUCCCCCGUGCCCAGCCCCGGUCGAGCCGAUGGUACCCCAGUGGUGCCAGCAACAACCCGCUUCCAACAACAACAACUCCCCCAACCAAAGAGCAAACCAAUUCUCCACCGCCCACUGGUCCACCAAGCCGGAGAACAUUGACUCGGCCAACCGUGGCCGCCAGCUGCGCGCCGAACGUCUACGCCAACAACGAUCUCUAACGCCCGGGUACCAACAACAUGUUCAAACAGCACGCAAUCCACAAGCUCGUCAGUCCAAGAGCAAGAAGCUCUUCCCGACCAGCAUCCGCCCAGGCGGUUCUCAUGCCGCCUUGGAGACUUGUCAAACUGCUAUGGUCAGACGAGUAGGUUUUUAAGGAGGUUGUAUAUUAUCAUAGGUAGAUCUUGUCUUCUAUAUUAUCGUAGAUCUUGGUAAUAGUAACACAUGUUGAAUAUAAGAUCAUUUAAAGCCGAAUAUUUACUAAAAGCUGCCUUAUGCCACACUAAUAUCCAUUUCUUUUACAGGAGUCCACUCACGAUCUUCACCUCCACCAAACCAACCGCGAAGCGCAGGUGAAUGUGUAA